CUUGGAAGGUUCUUAAAGAGAUCAAUAUUUGAAUCAAUUAAAUAUCGCAUUACAAAACUUGACCAUGAUCUUUUCGAUGUUAUUUGGCCAGCUGUUAAAAAAAUUCCAGAAACACGAAAUGUAAUACAAACAGUUGAGGAAGAUUUUCCUGGUGGUGUAACAGCACUUGAUUAUUAUGUCUAUGAUGUGUUCAAUGAAUUUUUGACACCAUUAAUUAAGGAUCUACAUAAUAUAAAUAUCUCGUAUGAGCUUCCUUUUCAUCCACCAUCCGACUUUAUUAAAAAAUCAUCUGUACUAACUGCAGCACCUGAACCGUUAGUUGAAUUAAACGUCGAUGUACACGACGAAUUUGUCCUUUCUGGAAAUAUAGAGUGUUCAAGAAAUGUCGAGGGAUUUGAAUUACCUCUAAAUAUUAAAAUUGGUAAACUAGAAAGCAUUGAAAAGAUUAUAACCACGAUAUUGAUGAACACAGAGUUUUCAAAAGUCGUUGAACAAUUAAAUCCUGAAUCUAAUCAAAAAGGUGGUAGUUAUUACACCCUAAACGAGGUCUUGGAAAAACCAUCCGAAGUCUGUGCUCUUUUAGCUGCAUCGGGGUUGCUAAUUGCUCUUUGCGAACGUGAAGAAAUUGAUGAUUUUAAUCGCUUACAUGGUAAACAUUGGCCAUACGGACGUGGAGUGUAUCUAAGUGACGAUAAAACCGUUGCUGUGUGGAUUAAUGUUCACGACCAUAUCAGAGUUUUAGUUUCCACUCCUACAGAUACCCCAGGGGAAAUAGGUCUAGCUUUUAGCAAGAUAUCCUUUAUCAUGAAAUAUCUUCACGAUAAACUAGACUUUGUUUUGCAUGAGAAACUUGGUCAUUUAUCUAGUCGACCAACAUUUUUAGGUGCGGGAAUCCGGUUAAGUCUUAUUAUAAACUUCCCUGGUCUAUCCAGAGAUGGUGAUAAUAUAAAACAUCUAUGCGCAAUGAGGGGCUUACAAUACCGGGAGACUCUGAGCACUGGAAUAGCUAGAAUCAGUAACUACCAAUGUUUGGGUGUUACUGAAACAGUCUGUUUUAAUGAUUUCGCUACAGCGACAUCAAAUCUUCUUCAUCUCGAAAGAGAUUUAUCAUUACACAAUUCAGCUCAAAUUGCGACAAUGCUUAGCAAUAUAUUUAGAAGAAAAAGAAGUAGUCUUGCAAAUAUAGAUAUAGAUGAAAAACAUUAA